AUGUCUGUCAGAGCCCAGAAGAGAAGCUCUUCAAAAAGACCCGAAGAUGCCUUGGAAGGAUUGGACAACUUUGGCGCUACUCUUGAAAAAUACAUUCGGGCUGUACAGAAUCACGAGUACAUGGUCAAGUUUUCCUUGGCGUCCAAAGACCCGUUCAUCGCCACCAGCCGGAGACACAAUGACCACAUCUUCUUCGAUGAAGCACUGCUCAACGAAAGUGCAGACCUGGAUGAUCUUCUUCCCCCUCACCUGUCUCGGACAUGCGCAGAGUCAAAGAUCCAGCCCUCAUCAGCACUUCUAGACGGCGAGACAGAAGACGAACGGGGUCAAAGGGAAUUCCUCAAUCGCCUGCUCAAAGUCUCCAUCCCCGCUGGGCCAUGGGAAACAGGCGAUGGCAAAGGUUCACACAAGUCUGCAUCUGGCCUUAUCAACACACGAACUAGAUCAACCAAGAAGGUCUUCUGGGAAAGAGUCGGCGCUGCAGUAAUUGGUGGUGCCUUUCUUAUUGCUCCCAUGUGGAUUUUGGCCCUACAAAGGAGUCUCUUCGUUCAUUUGAGUGUGGCAACGGCGUGUGUCACCGCUUUUGGUGUCUCUGUUUCAAUCUACUUGGAAACAGUAGACGGAGUCUUCGCUGCAACUUUGGCGUACGCGGCGGUGAUCAUGGUGUUCGUGGGUAUUGUGAUCGAGGAGACUGGUUCAAAGGGUCCGUGA